AUGGAGAAGGUGGAGCUGUCCUCGUGGCUGGUCGAGUUGGUCAGCAAGACGCCGGCGAAGGCGAUGAUGGUGGAGGAGGUACCGGAGGUGACCGAGGACUUGAGCAGCACCAAAUCGGCGAUCGAGGAGCAGAGCAAAGAAGAUGAGAACCGGACCCCGGCCGAGGAAGCGGAUGAACACGCAUGGUUCUUUGAGAAAGAGUUCUUUGCAGACAACGAGGAAGCUGGUGAGGGUGGCACGAAGCGAAAAAUCGGAGAUGAAGAGGAUGAGGAAAGCACAGAUGAAGAUGAAGAUGAAAAAGAUGAAGAUGAAGUCGAGAUUAUCAGCGAGCAGAGGAAGACGAUGAACGUACAGUCCGCCACAGGUCAAGAAGGCAAGAAGAAGGACACGAAGGGACACUACGCCUGCUACGAGUGCGGGGCGUUGGUGCCGAAGGUCGCAUACUCGAAUCGCCAGCGAAAGAAGAAAACGAAGCGCAGGAUGAAGUGCAAGAAGUGCAUGGUCGACGCCGUGGGAAAGAACGUCUCCACUGAGCCCCUCACCGCUGCUCAGCUCUACAUGAUGAACAAGGAUCGUUUCAUUGGCUUUUGA